AUGGAUCAAAAAGAGGAUGAGUAAUUCAUGUAAUUAUCUAGUCUCAAAAAUGAUGACAUGUACUUAGAAUUUUAACAUCAAAAUAACAAUAAUAAUAAGAAGCCAUACAAUUUAGUAUAAUCGACAAUAUAAUUUGAUCAAAAACCUCGAGUUGUUUAAAGUGUGGUUACUGGAUUAUUAUAAAUUUAAGAUGAAGACUCAAUUGAUCAUUCAUAAUUCAUGACUAAAUCUUAUACUUAAUAAUCAGAUUAAAAGUAAUAAAAAUUAGAGGAUUAUCUUCUCUUAUAGAAAAUUACUAGUUCCUCUUUAGAUCAAAAUGCACAACCUUAUGAAACUGAUUUUAUUAAUUAAAUUAGUGGUGCUUUAGUAUAAUUUUGUAUAUCUUCUCCUGCAACCAGAAAUUUAUUUGCCAAUUAAGAAAAAGUGAAAUCUAGAAAUACACUGACGCUAAAUGCAAAUAAAAUUUGGUUAGAAAAUUAAUCAGAAUGUUUUCAUUGUAUGUUUGAUACAAAAACACUUAGAAUAUUAAUUUAAUGUGAAUCUACUAAAAUACCUAGAGUUGAAUUAUUGAGUUAAUUUCAUUGUAAUGAUUUGAGUGAAUUUGUUCGAAUUUUUUGUAAAUUACCAGAAGUAAGAGAUGCCAUGUUAAGUUCUUAUAGUUUAAAAGAAACCUCUUAACCUGAUAAAUAUGGCAUAAACAGCGGAUAUUCAGAAGUGGUUUCUGCUUUAACAGAUUAUAUGAAAUCAAUUGAAAUAAAUAGUCUACCUAAUACAGCAAAUAUUGAUGAUAUGGUAGAGAGAUAUCUUACAAGAUUAAUUUAUGAAAAAUUAUAUCCCAAAGAACCUACAGCAAGAGAUAUUGAAUUAAAUAUAAGACUUAAAACACUUGAAUGGAUUAAUGAUGAACAUUUAAGUAUUAAAAUAAAAUCUAAAAUUGAUUAAUAAUUAGAAUGUGCAGCUUAAAGUAUAUUUUAUUCUUUUAUUUUAAGUUAUUAAUUAAAUUGAUACUAAAAAGAAUUCAGUUGAUAAAUUAGAUUGCAUCUUAAAAGCUACUCAAUUAAUAACUGAUACAAUCUCUUAGGUUAAUUAAGAACCAGCAUCUGCAGAUACUGUAUUUCCAGCCUUUAUUAGAGUUCUCAUUCUUGCUUAAUCUAUAAGAUGGUAAAGUAAUAUCAAGUAAUUAAUAAUGUAAUUCAGUUUCAUAGAACUAUUUAUUAAUAAAUCAAGAAUGAUGAGUCAUGCUGGAUAUUGUUUCACAUAAUUAAAAUCAGCCAUUGUAUGGAUUGAAAAUGUCAAUCAUGAAUAAUUGAAAAUUGACUCCGAUGUAUUCAACAGACUUCAACAAGAAAAAAAUGUUAAGUAUGGAAUGUGCAAACGUAGAGAUAGAAAGAAAAGAAUUCUUUUAUUUUGAUUUUAUUAUUAAAAUUA